GAGCUGAGUGUCCCAUCGCAGGCGCCACCACUCGGACAUGACCCAGCUGUAGGAUUAUUACCACUGAUGCCCUCAAUGCUGGAAAAAAAGCUUUUUUAGCCUCCUUCUGUACAUUUACUGUCAGUAUGUAUCAUUAAAGAUAUUUAGAUUUGACCUGUAUGAUCUUUUUUCCCCAGAAAAUAGAGAAACUUCCUGCUGAAUAUCCUCGUUGGGUUUAAGUGUAGGAGCGUCAUAAUGAAAGGUGCCAUAAAGGUUUUCUUCAUAUGCUGUCUACUUCAAGGUAGCUCAUGCCAGCACUGGGCAGUCUUCAUGCCUCAGACAGUGGAGGGUCUGAGCGGCUCCUGUGUCCUCGUCUCCUGCAGUUUCAGCUUGCCCCCGGAAUGGGAUCAACACCUGGAUGACUCGUGCAGAGCCAUCUGGAAGAGAGGCAGCUGGAGCCGAACACAAGUGUUUGAUUCCAGCCUCAGCGGAGCGAGUGCAAGCCUGAACGUCCUGCAGGGAAACCUGACGGGGAAUCUGCGAGAGAAGGACUGCACCACCAUCUUCAACAACCUGCCCUCCAACCACUACGACAACUAUUACUUCAGACUGCAGUGUGACAACUCGCUGAAGUUCAACUUUCAAACCAGCGUCCUCAUCAUCACUCAGGAUUCAUUCCCCAGACCUGCUCUGAAUCCAUCCAGGCUGGAGGUAGAAGAAGGGAGUCCUGUGAGGCUGAACUGCUCCGCUGUCACUCCCUGUCCUGUUCUUCCUCCAGUUUUGACGUGGACGCCAAGUAUAGGCGACGUUGAGGAGAGCAUAGACAGUAAAUCUGUGACCUCUCUUCUGAACUUCACUGCUUCUCACCUUCACAACGGACAGAAGAUCUCCUGCAAAACACUCUACAGCCGACAAGCUGGCAACAGCGACCUGCUGUAUGAAAAGAGUGUGACCCUGCGUGUGUACUAUCCUCCGAACAACACGUCGAUCAGUUACCCUGCUCCUGCACAGGAGGGCCGCUCCGUGACUCUGACUUGCAACGCUAACGCAAACCCAGCCGUGGACAGCUACACCUGGUACAAAGAGCAUGGAGAUCAGGUGUCAGCAGUGGGCUCCAAUAAGAGGCUUUUAACAUCAGUCUCAGAAGUCGACAACACAUUUUUCUGCCAAGUCAGUAACCGAUAUGGAACCCAGAACUCAUCCGUCACUCAGAUUGAUGUACAGUUUUCUCCCAAGGACACGACGGUGAUUGCCGAUCCCACCGGUCCAAUACUGGAGGGCAGCUCUGUCUCUCUGCUCUGUCGGAGCCGUGCCAACCCCUCGGUGACCAACUACACCUGGUACAGGGACGAUGUCGAGGAAGAGGAGGCCGGAGCGAGCCUGGUUCUGAGCAGUGUCGACCCGAGCCGUGGUGGUGAUUAUCACUGUGAAGCAAGAAAUGCCCUCGGAGAAGACGCGUCAGCAGCUGUCCAUCUGGACAUUCAGUAUCCGCCGAAGAACACGUCCGUGCUGGUUGAUCCUUCUGCUCCGGUGCCGGACGGCAGCUCUGUGACCCUGACGUGCACGAGCGUCGCCAAUCCAGCAGCGAUGAACUUCACCUGGUUCAGAGUGAGAGCGAGACAAAACGAGGUGGUGGGUUCUGAGACAGACUUCACCUUCAAUGUGACCAAGCUCUCAGAGGAUUACUAUUACUGUGAAGCCCUGAAUGUCCACGGAGCUCGAUACUCGGAACCUGCUCAAAUUGAUGUCGCCUUUGCUCCAGAGAUCCUGCCUUCCUCCCGCUGCAUCAAGAUUUUAUCCCAAUUCCGAUGCUCCUGUGACAGCCAGGGGAACCCGCUUCCCUCCCUGGUUUGGGAAUUGGCCGGGGAGCCUGUCAAUCACUCCGCUGACAUUCCGAUCAGGGAGGUUACCCUGGGGGGCUUUGCCAGGAGGAGCGUCAUCACUCUGUUCCAUCUGGACAAAGACGUGCCCUCUCUACUCUGCCUCACCAUCAACUCUCUGGGCUCUGAUAGUUUGGCCUUCAACGUGUCUGCCAGUGAAACUCAGCUAGGCUUCCAUACUGUGUCUCUGCUGAUUGGCUCUGCAGCGGGAGCACUGGGGAUGCUUUUGAUGUGCGUGCCGCUGUUGCUCUGUUGCAGGAAAAGGAAAGAAAGCCUGAUACUGGUGGACACUUCAGAAAAUGUGUUCACUAAUAAGACCAGCUCUUCACACCUGGAUGUCAUUCAUGUCAGUAAUGCCAUUCUGGAGGAGGAAGGUGGAGCCAAUGUGGACUUUGAUAAACUCCAGGUGGUCAGUACAGAGGGAAAGCUCGAGGACGGGGAGAUCACAGGCCUGGACUCCAAGACGACAAAUUCUGAAAUCUGCUUGCUCUCAGGAGAAUGCAAUGGUGGAAAUGCAAAGGAGGAGGAAACAGGUGCAAACACUGGGGAAGGCGUUGAUGGUCUUACGGGACAAAACAGUGACAAAGCGAUGGCUUAACUUUAAGAAGAAAAUACAAGUGAAUCACAUCAGGAUUCUGGCUGCAAAACACCUGCAGAACUGUCGAGAAGCUAUAAUUAGUGGGUAGGAUAACGUUUUAAAACCAGCAGCUGAGGUCACAUGUGAUCUGCAUCAACGAUGUCACAUAGCUGACACAAUAUUUUUUUAUAAUAGGUAGUUACUAAUAAUACAGGGUUCACAGCGACUCUUUAUCUUGGUGUUUAAUCAGCCAUAACAAUAAAUGUUUAAACUGUAGCUAAGUACUAAAGAUAAAAGCUGCCAGAUUUAUUAUGCAAACACUUUUAUUGAUAUUUGUCAUAAUAUGUUUUAUAAACACAAAAGUAAAUCCUCAUGCACUCAAGUUGCCAUUCAGUCUUAAGUGUAUAUGCAUUCUUCAGAAACUAUUUUGCCCUUUUACAUGUUCACAAAUCCCAGAAUAAUGUCAAUAAACUUUAAAGUACAUCAUU